AUCUGUGGCCUGAGCCAGAAUUUCACGCCUCGCUCCAGUUCAUGUGGAGCGGAGUAUGGGAUUUGGGAAGGGAAAGGGAAAGGGAAAGGGGAGAUGAGUUGGAGUAUGUUGUUCCUUUGAGUGGGGUUAGGGCUUUGUUUUUUGAUGAUGGGAAGAGUGGGAGGAAAGGGGAUUGUUUUAGUCGAGCUUGGUUCAGAAUUCAACUUUCAUGUAUUCUUUCCCUCCUCUCAUUGUUUUGUUGCAAUUUUUCUUAAGAUAGUGACGAGCUACCUUUUUUCCCUGCAACUGGGCUUUUUAUUCCCGUAUCAUGGGUUUUCGGUCGUUGGGUUUUUACCGGUGCUCGUCCUUUUUUUCAUGUACUAUUCGGUGACGCAUUUUUGUUUAAGAUAUCCGGUUAAGAUACCCAAGAGGGGGAAUGGAGUUAAUUUUUUUUUUAAACAACGAAUGGGUCAUGGGACGCUCAUUGUCAAUUAUGUAUGGUUGAGGUUAUCUAGCAUAGAAUUAAUGUCUUGUAUUGUAUAUCCUAUCCGUUGUAAAUCGUGCCUUCGUAAUCCAUAUACUCGAACAUUUCAAACUCAUUAUGCGCAUGGGUAUCUAGCAACGGUUACCAAGACUAGGAAGGCCGGCCAUCUAUCGCUUACAGAGAUUGGAGGAAAUCAAAUUGAAGAGAAGAAAAAGACGGAAGAGAACGAUGGGUAUCCCGCUCGGACAAUGCCAGCAUUGGUCACGAUGCAAAACAGUUGCUGAGUGGAACGGGGGAAAAACAGGCCAGGUCCGGUAGACGUGCCGACGAGUAGAUGUGAACAAACGAAUAGAAGAAGAAG